UUUUUAACCUGGAGACAACCGCACGCGUCCAACGUAGCAGAGAAGGCUAGGCACAAAGUAUACUCUUCCGUACGUUCGUACCAAAAAACUAGAAAGAAAACAAAAAAAAAAACAGCAAAAAGACACAAGAAACAGCCACACAUACAUACGCCACAAAGUCAAAGUGGUAGUAGAAGAAGAAGCAAUAACGGUAGAGAGAAGGCAAAAAGUGGCUUGUUUUAUUUUGUUGGUGGUGUACGCGCUGCGCUGUCGCGUUGUUGAAAACGUCGCCGCUGUCGUCGUAGCCGUCGCUGUCGCCGUUAGUACGUUUUGUUGGUAUUGAAGAUCGGUCGUCGUACAAAGACAAACGGCACAAAGCAAAAAAGCAAGACAAAGCUAAGAAACGUAAUGUAAAGCGAGCGCAUAAACUUAACUAGUCAGUGUGACUAGCCAAAGACGUUGCUGCCCGUUGCACUUUUGUUAAAUUUAAUACUUAUGUACAUACAUAUGUAUAUAAACGUGUGCAUUUAUAUUCGAAUCUGUGUAUACUGCAAAUUCGUUAAACGACAAGAAAAGAAAGUGCAAUAAAAAGAAAUUGUGAAAGAAGAAACAGUUAAGAGAGCAGCAGCGCGCAACAGGUAGACAACCUGUUGCACAUACUCACCUAACUGUAAAAAAAACCACUCGGCGCUACUGUUGUUAUUAUUUUUCACGGUGAGACGUAACGCCCGGACCCACGCGCAUCCGCAAAAUGUUUUAGAUGGGAACGGCAAGCGAAAGUCGCAGUACCGCCAACCACCUUGUGGGCACUCGAAAGCAUACGGAGCCACUCUGAUCUAGCGGCCGGCCGCUUCAAUGCUGCUUUCGUCAUUAAUGUCAUCAACAAUAUUGUCGUCUAGAACUGGUUAACAAGUGGAUAUACAUAGCAUCAGCAGUAGUAACAGCAACAACAACAAAACAAGAGACACGUUUACCACUUGAGAAGUUUUAGUUAAAUAAACAGUCGCCUGAGUUUCAAAAACAAUUUGCAAACUCAAUUGAAAUACGGGUUAAAAUAACUGGACGCAAAAUGCAGGUGCCCGAGCACGUCGUCUCGCUGUAUAUAGCCACAUGUGGACAGAAUGGACCCGGUCUUGGCUCAGAUGAAAAGGAAAUUAUAUUGCUCGUCUAUGUGCUGCUCGAAGCGGCAACAGCGCAGAUUAUUGGCACCAAACAAAUACUCGUGCGUCCAGAUGGCUACUUCAUCAAGGAUCGCACCAUAUCCAGCUCAUCGGACAAUUCGAAUGCCACGACAAAUACGGCAAGUUCGCCGCCAUUAGCCAUUGGCUAUGGCGAUGCUAACAGUACAACGAAUAACAUCACCAGCGCAGUCGCAGCAAGCAGCGGUAGCGGCAGCAGCGGAAACAACAAUAACACAAUUGCCAAUAGCAAUGGUCUCAGUAAUAACAACAACAACAAUUGUACCUUGGAGAACAGCAACGAACUUAUACUACCGAUAGCCGAAGCUCAGGCUGCUGGGAAGCCACUCAUCGAUGCCAUCGAAGAGUUCGAUGCAUAUCUACGCUCUCUAUCGCUCAUUGAUACGGACAUCAAGCUGAUCACCGAUGGCCAGUUGCCGUUGCGUCAGUGUCUGCAUCGUGAGGCCUGCGCCAAAGACAUUGAUUUACCCGCAUAUUACAAUAAGUUUAGUGAUCUGCGCAAGGAGUUCCUGCGUUACAGUUCCGGGGAUUUGUCGCGCGCUCUGGUGCCCGUCAAGGAUAUCAAGAAAAUGAUGCAACAGCCCACGUUGCCCAUCCCCCAAUCCAUUGGUGAGAUGCUGAAAGAACUUAACACGACUUCUGUGGAGGAUAAUGACUUUUAUAUCCGCGAGUCACGCGAUAUGGUCACUGUGAUUCAAACCUUGCUCCAGGCGGGCCAUACAUUUACCACAAAUGAGCUCGUGAACUUGGUAUUAGAACCUGGAAUUUGCUCAAUUGACGACGAGAUCGACGGCAAUUGUAUUGUGCGUGCACGCGGCUUACCCUGGCAGAGCAGUGAUCAGGACAUUGCCAAGUUCUUUCGGGGACUCAACGUAGCCAAGGGUGGCGUUGCUUUGUGCCUCUCGCCGCUGGGUCGACGUAACGGAGAAGCCCUCAUACGAUUCGUCUCACAGGAGCAUCGGGACAUGGCGCUGAAGCGGCACAAGCACCACAUUGGAUCUCGGUACAUCGAGGUGUAUCGAGCCUCGGGCGAGGAUUUUCUGGCCAUUGCAGGCGGCGCUUCCAAUGAGGCGCAGGCGUUUCUAUCGAAGGGAGCGCAAGUUAUAAUACGCAUGCGUGGACUGCCCUACGACUGUACGGCUAAGCAAGUGCUGGACUUUUUUACAACUGGAGAGCAGCCUUGCCAUGUGCUGGACAGCAAUGAGGGCGUGUUGUUUGUAAAGAAGCCAGAUGGCCGUGCCACUGGCGAUGCAUUUGUGUUGUUCGCCAAUGAGAGUGAUGCCCCAAAGGCUUUAGGAAGACAUCGAGAGUCGAUCGGACAGCGAUACAUUGAGCUCUUUCGCUCCACUACUGCCGAAGUACAACAGGUGCUAAAUCGCUCAAUGGAUCCCAAGACGUACGAGUCAAACAAUCACAGCCAGCCACCGUUGAUAGCGCAGCUGCCCACCAUGUCGCUGUCUCUGCUGCCGCAGGUGGGUGCCGCACACGCCCUAGCACAUCUAAGCGCUGCUAAUCCAAACCCAAACCCACAGCACAUUAUUACCUCGGGCACAACGAAGAAUUGCAUCCGUUUGCGUGGCCUGCCCUACGAGGCGCUGGUUGAGCACAUUCUCCACUUUCUUGAUGACUUUGCCAAGCAUAUAAUUUACCAGGGCGUUCACAUGGUAAUCAAUGCUCAGGGUCAACCGAGUGGCGAGGCCUUUAUCCAAAUGGACUCGGAGGAUUCGGCACGCCUGUGCGCCCAACGCAAGCACAAUCAGUUCAUGGUCUUUGGCAAAAAGUUUCGCUACAUUGAGGUCUUCCAAUGCUCAGGCGACGACAUGAAUAUGGUGCUUAAUGGUGGCUUACAGUCACCGGUGGCGGCACCACCGCACCACGCACAUCCUGCUGCUGUUGCCGCUGCAGCUGCCGCCGCUGCUGCUGCUGUAGGCAAACAGCCGUCUCUCCUCUCACCGGGUAUGUUAGCACAAGCGCCACCGCCGCCGUCUGCGGCUCAGGCUAUCGGUACACACACCCACACCUACUCGCAUGCACACACUACACACUCCGCACAUGCCACAGCCACACAUCAUGCCUUGCAAUCGUCCCCAAUGUCAGCAGCCGCUGCUGCAGCCGCUUCCAUGAUGCCAACGCACGCCUCCCUGAGCGCUGCUUCGACGGCUGGUCUGAAUACUAGCUUCUUAGGUUCUUCCCCAUCUGCCGGUCCUGGCGCUGCUGCAACACACAGCUCUUUGCAGAAUGCAGCUGCCAUGAGCUCCCUAGCGAGCGCCGGCCUAGCUACCCCACAAGGGUAUCCCUUCAAUCUUUCGCUGCCACCGCCCUCCCAAUCAGCCGCAGCAGCCGUUGCUGCAGCCGCUGCGGCGGCGGCUGCCAAUCCUGCCCUGUUGGCCCAACAGCAGGCGCAGUACAUAGCUCAGCAGUCCUUGCUGGCGCGCCAACAAGCGGCCGCUGUAGCCGCUGAGCAGCAACAACAGCAGCAACAACAGCAUCAGUUGUAUGCCAAUGCGGCCAUGUUGCAGCAUCAUCAGCUUUACAUGCAACAUCCGGGGGCAGCAGCAAUGGCCAUGGCCGCCGGUCAGCCCCAAUUCGUGCUGAUGCCGCGCAGUUAUCUUCCGCCCUUUCCACUGGGCUACAUGUCCUCUGCAGGAGCCGCCGGCUAUCAGUUUGCCAGCACUCCCACGCCCAGCGGUGUUAGCGCCGCAGGCUCUGCUGCAGGAGCCACAUCCUCGCAGCACGCUGUGGCAGCUGCCAAUGCAGCGCUCGCAUUGCAGCCGCACACCAUGAAGCGCUCCUACGACAACGCCUUCCAGCAGGAUACGUCUGCUGCUGCAACAGCUGCCAGUGUUGCGAAACGCGCGCUCACCCAACACACCCCCACUGGCAUGUACUCCUAUUACAAUCCACGUAUGUAGUUGCCCCAUGUAAGGGUUCUUCAAUAGAAUUGCUCAAGUACUCUAUUUCCAGACCUAGCCCGUAAUAAUAGCAAUUAGCUAAAGGUAUGAUCAGGCAGGCCGAAAUUUGUCGGCUUUCGUAAGAUCGUGCCAAAAUUCAUUGAAUCUUCGUUUCUAAAGUAUACUUGUGCGCAAAUUAUUUGCAUGUCUGACCAUAGCUUCAGCCAGCUUUGGUCCUUCACUGCCUGGCAGUUGUCCUUUUAUGCUUCCCACGACAUGGCGGCUGCCCAGUCGCUAAAAAUAUAAGCUCCGUCACUUCUUGCACAUUCCAAUAUUUACAGAUAAUUGAUGUUGUGGCCUUGGCAGGCAAUUUAUAUAUACAUAUAAUAUAUAUCACACAACAAUCAUACACUCUCCCAUCCACACACGUACACUUACACACACAUACAAUACAUCUUUAAUAGCGCCUAGUUUCGUUUAUUAUGGUAAUUAUUUUUUUUAGUAAAUUUAUUUGUAAGCUUUAAUGGAAAAGCAAAGAACUUUUCAUUAGUCUAAGUAUUUUGCUUAAGACUUAAGUGCACAACACACGCACACAAACACACACACACACACUUAAAUGCAUAUAUGUCUCAUACACACGCAUAUAUUCAAGAACAUUAUUUGUUUAUUUGUGAUUCACUGAAGCGGCAAAGUCAAAAUUAAGCAAGGACAUAAAUUGUACUUAAAAUACGCAUACGUAUGUGUGUGUGUGUCUGUGUGCGACAUUUGCAAUUUUCCAAGUAUUGCAUAGUUUUCAAAUUUUUCGCUGCAAUACAUUUUUGGCAACAACAACAACGACAACAGAGGCUAACGCCAUUCAUGCGGUGAGCGCGCUAAUGAAGGAAAAUAAUAUGUAUGUGUGUGUGUGUGUGUGAGCCACGCCCACUUACCAUGUGCAAUCUAAUUUUAAUACGUAAGCAAAAUGCAUAAGUAAAUUCUUUAAAUAACAAUGGCACACACACACACACAUCCGCAUACAUGAGCCAACGCAACAUACAUACAUACAUACAUAUUUAUGAGAGUAAGUAUGUACUAUAUGUUUAUGGAAUUACAUACAGAUCUGCGUACGCGCUCACGUCACGAAUGGCGUCAGGUGUUGGCUCCUCAUGCAUAAAAACUAUUAAGUUUACAAAUGUAUAUUCAAAAUUGUUUAAUGGGUAACAACAACUACUACACAAAAAAUAAUUGGAAAAUCUCAAAACUUUAUGCAUUUAGAAAUAAUUACUGCAUUUUCUAUUUUCCACGCAAAUAGAAACAAUUGAAUAAAAAAUAAAACACUUAGCUUAAGUUAAUACAUAAUUGCAAGUUGUAUAAUUUGGUUUCAUACAUAGAUACAUACAUACAUACAAUCAUACUUAUAUAUGACAUACUAUACGACAUAUAAUGUUAAACAUUUUUAGCAUUAGAAAACUUUUCCUGUGUAUUUUGUGUGGUCAAAGCGCUGGGUUGUGCUAUGCAUGAGCGAUAUAUAUAAUAUAUAUUCACAUAUAUAUUAAGGAGAAUAAUUGGUUCAUUAUAGACGCCCUGCGCUCCAAGCAUAGCGUAGCUAUAUUUCUAUUUGAAAUUCUAUACUCAAAGCAACUUUUAACACAGAACAAUAUUUUCAAAACACAAAAACUGAACCCAACAAACCUUUCCACUGACAUGCGUUAAUCUCAUAAAUAUUCAAUAGUUUCUUUUUAUAUACAUUUGUAUAUGUACAUCAUAGAAGUAUAUAAAUACCAACAUUUCUUCUACAAGUAUCUUUAAGUGUGCGUAACUGGUGUUAGUCGCAAAUUGGAACAAUUGGGAAAAGAAAGCAAUUGGACAUACUAUUUUUUUAAAAUCUACUAUUUGUGUGUUCUCUGUUAUAACUAAUUUAUAUUAACAGUAACAAACGACUGGAGGUCAAAAUGCUUAUCGUACUCUCGAUCGCUUUAGUGUCUAGUGUCUAAAUGAUGGUUAUUGGUAAUUGGAAUUAUCUUUCUCUAUAUAAUAUAUAAUAUAUAUUAUACACACACAUAAGUAUGUAUUGUACAUGUCAAUGUAAUCGGGUAAUGCUUUCAAGUUUUCUGAAGCACUCGUAUUUCGUCCUAUAUUUGUGCGUUUUGUGGUCAAGGUUUGUGCAAUUUAUCCUUAGAAUUCUGAUUAUAAUGAAAAAAGUUCUGGAAAAUUUGCCCGGCAGUGUAUACCAGAAAUAUACAUAAAUUUUCAACUUUUUUAUACAAACGUUCUAGAUCGUUUUUAUAUACAAGAAAUAUGCUUAAAUAUUUAUGUUUUCUUGCGUCUAACAUACAGUUGCGCGUUACUUGAGAAUUUUGACAAUGAAUAAGCAAAUAAUGCGUUUGCAAUCAUAAAGAAAGCAUGGGAAAGAUUUUCGUGCAUAAAAUUAAGCUAAUAUUUGGUUUUAAACAAAUAAUAUUUAAAUGACAAACAAAAAAAAUAAGAUGAAAAACUCGUGUGGUUAAGAGUGGGUUUUGGUAGCAAAUUAUUGGUUUAAACAUCAUAUUGAAAACAAAACUCAACCACCAUAAAAAAACGAAAUAAAAUUAAAAUUAUUUACAUAAUUAGUUUUUACAGAAGCAAUUUUACAAUUUUUGAUAUUCCAUUUUUUAUAAACUAGUUAUAGCAGACAUCUUGAUUAAUAUUUGCAAUUUUAAUAAUAAAUAUAAAUAUAGUUAUA